GAGCCCGGCCGGGCCUCGCGGUAGGCCUCGGCGCGUCCCUGGGCUCGGGUAGCCAGGUUCCCGGGGCGGAUGGGGCCCGGCCGCGGCAGCAGAGUCGGCUCGGCCCGGCGGCGGGCCCCGGCGUGCACACCUUCCCGAGCACUUUCGGGUGGCGCGCGCGGGGAGCCGCUCCCGGCCCGGGCUGCGCCGGACACUUUGUUUUGCGAUUUUAAAAGUCGAUGGGAGGACGGUUGCAGAUUAGGAGACCGCGCUAGCCCAGUCCCAGGGCACAAAGAGACACAUUUUGUGUGUGCGUGCGUGUGUGCGUGUGUGUGUUCCGGGCCAGUGUAUAGACUUUGAGUUGGUUUUAAAAAAAAAAAAAGUUAACUUUAAUUUACUGCCAUAUGGUUUCGAAAAGGGGGAGGAGGUUUUGUUUCUUUGUUUCCCUCCCACAGGACUUUAAAUUAAAAAAAAAAAAGUGUAAAGAGACUUGGCCCAAAAAGUUUAUCCUGGGAAGGUUAAUGGAGGAUCGUGGAAGUGACUUUGAGAGAGAACUGUGUGCUCUUGCUUUUAAAAAUCUGCAUAGGCGACCUAAGGAGUGGAGAGAGUUAGUCCUUCACACCCGUGAAGAGUGCCUUCUGUAUGCUUGUAAUUUAUUACUUUGUCUUUGUGCCCACCCUAAUGAGUUCCACUGUAUUGUAUGUAAUGAUGUAACUUUGGACAACACAUCCCCAAGAUGGACACCUGUCAAGCUUAGAGUCUACCCUGUGAAGCCAUGGACUACCUCUGAGAAAGGAAUUACAACCAGGAGCAUGGGAAAAUGCUCUAACCCAGGGGUCAGCAAACAUUUUCUGUAAAGGGCCAGGUGUCAGCUGUGAUGCAUGUUUAAAAGGAAAUUUUCGAGGUCGCAGAUAUAAGUGUUUAAUUUGCUACGAUUACGAUCUUUGUGCAUCUUGUUAUGAAAGUGGUGCAACAACAACAAGGCAUACAACUGACCACCCAAUGCAGUGCAUAUUAACAAGGGUAGAUUUUGAUUUGUACUAUGGUGGGGAAGCUUUCUCUGUAGAGCAGCCGCAGUCUUUCACUUGUCCCUACUGUGGAAAAAUGGGCUAUACGGAGACGUCUCUUCAAGAACAUGUCACUUCUGAACAUGCAGAAACAUCCACGGAAGUGAUUUGUCCAAUAUGUGCAGCAUUGCCUGGAGGCGACCCUAAUCAUGUCACGGAUGACUUUGCAGCUCAUCUUACACUUGAACACAGAGCCCCUAGAGAUUUAGAUGAAUCGAGUGGUGUUCGACAUGUACGUAGAAUGUUUCACCCUGGCCGGGGAUUAGGAGGUCCUCGUGCUCGUAGAUCAAACAUGCACUUUACUAGCAGUUCUACUGGUGGACUUUCUUCUUCUCAGAGUUCAUAUUCUCCAAGCAAUAGGGAAGCCAUGGAUCCUAUAGCUGAGCUCUUAUCUCAGUUAUCAGGAGUGAGACGGUCUGCAGGAGGACAGCUUAAUUCUUCUGGCCCUUCCGCGUCUCAGUUACAACAGCUGCAGAUGCAGCUGCAGCUAGAACGGCAGCACGCCCAGGCAGCACGGCAACAACUGGAGACCGCACGCAACGCGACCCGGCGUACUAACACAAGCAGUGUCACCACUACAAUCACACAGUCCACGGCCACCACCAACACAGCCACCACAGAGAGCAGUCAGCAGACUCUCCAGAACUCCCAGUUUCUUCUAACAAGAUUGAAUGACCCUAAAAUGUCUGAGUCGGAGCGCCAGUCCAUGGAGAGCGAGCGCGCAGACCGCAGCCUGUUUGUCCAGGAGCUUCUUCUGUCCACCCUCGUGCGCGAGGAGAGCUCGUCCUCGGAUGAGGAGGAACGGGGGGAGAUGGCAGAUUUUGGUGCUAUGGGCUGUGUAGAUAUUAUGCCUUUAGAUGUUGCUUUAGAAAACCUAAAUUUGAAAGAGAGUAAUAAAGGAAAUGAGCCGCCACCACCUCCUCUUUGAUGACAUCCCAGCCCGCAGACAGUGUCCUCUGUGCUGUAUUUGCCAAUGAAAGUGGACAACAACUAUCUUGGGUUUGUUUGGUGAUUGUAAUUUCAGGUCUGUCACUCUUGUUACAUUGUGUACAUUCAAAAGGAAGAGAGAAAAUAUAUAUGAUAAUCAUUUCCACGUAACUAAUUUUUACUUCUCGCAGGUAAACGUAGGUAGCAGUGCAGGGUGAGCUCUGCUUCCUGUACCUUGACAUGCAAAAGGCUCUCCUAAUACUCCACAUUCAAACUGAAGAGGAAAAUUGAAAUCUCUAAUGAAGCUGCUGUGUGUAUUUAUGAAUAUUAAUGAAUAAAAACUGCUUGGAUGGUUUACCUUAACUACUGCAUGAGGUUUUUUGCAGCGUGCAUGAGUUUUAGUGACCUUGUUAUUUAAAAAAAUUAAAUACAAGGAGUAAAACUUAAACAAAAAAUAAAAGCCCAAAGCUUUCCCAAACAUUAUUCAAUGGUUACCUGAGAAACAAGUCACCUGACCAAGUAGCUUUUGAAUAAUGUCUGCCUGAAUCCCUUCUCUGUGUGCCUCCUAAGCACAAAGCCAGCUCUGCAGUGGAAGCCGGGGGCCGGGUGGCCCCGUGUGACUGUCCUGUCGCCCUGUUAGCCAUCGUGCCCAUUGGAGCGCAGCCUGCCUCUGACGCACCUGUAGAAGACGCGCCAGGACAGCUGCUGUCGGAAUCUGCUGCGGGGCCUUUGUGCGCCCUAAAAACAAAUCCUGUUCAUAUUUGUUUGAAGUUUUUACUUUUUUGUGGUUGUUUAAAAAAUUUUUUUUUCCAAUUGUUAAAUGUUUUAUUUGGGUGUAGAUGAAUUUCAUUUAUCCACUGUUCAACAAAGUUAACCUGAAUUAUGUUGUCUUUGUUUUUAAAAAUUUCACGUUCUCAAUCAUAUUUCGCGUUAUUUAUGUAUUUGCUUCCUAGUUUGCUCAGACAGAUCAUUAUCAGGGGAGCUUUGAGGAUUUGCCUUCCCAGAUCUUGUCAGUCUAUUACAACCAAAUUCUUAAUGCUAAUUUUAGCACCUUUUAUUUAUUGGGUUUUUUUCUGGCAUAAGAAGUAAAGCCUUUUAAUUGAAUCAUGCCACCUAUAUGCCUAUAUUAUUAAUCCUAUGUGUGUAAAAAAAAAAAACAAUGUAUAGCUUUUUGGGGUUUGUUUUGGGGUUUGGAGGAGCCGGGAUAUUUUUUAUUUUCUGUUUCGGUUUCUGUGCAUAGACUUUCACAAUAGCUCCAAGGCAGGGACAGUGGGUCGGGGUUGGGGUGGGGGGCAGUUUUUGGAAUGUAAAUUAGGACUUUUAAAAAAAGGUGCGCACAGCUUCUGAUAAAUUUAUAACUAGACUCAAUCUAAUCAUGUCUGUUCCAGUUCUCUUUUCUCUGAGCCCUUUCUCAGUCUCCUCUCUCUCCCGUCAUCCUUCCCUUCCCGUCUGUGCUCCUCUGUCUUCACCAUGCCUAGCGUACAGACUUGAGCACCCUGUGGUGUUCUUCCGAGAACUGUGAAUCCAUGUUCAUCCAAAUGUAACCAAAAAAGAAGUCACCCACAUGUCUAAAAAACUGUUGCUUCUCCUCUGAAACUUCAAGCUCCAACAAUUUUCAAAUAUAGUAGCUUUGUUUUCUUUAGUUUCUGUAAUGGAAAAUGUUUUCAAAGAAAAUUUUACACCAGGCUUCUGGUUAUACUAGAAGUCAAGUUCCUUUAAAAAAUUUUUUUUCAAUUUGUUGGUAAGAAGUUUCAAAAAUCAGUUUUCAAGCUGUGGUCUUUUCAAACACAUCUUCUGCACAUAAGUCACACAUUUCAAUAAAGCAUUUUCAAGACUGUU